UUUGUCCUAAGCGGAGCCAGCGAGGCAGUCCCCCCGCCUUUUAACACUACCGAGACGACGGCGGUAGCUAGUUAGCAUACACAGCCUGUCCAUAACAUUGGCAAGGAAGCGUAUGGCAUUUAAUUUGGACGGCUAAAAUUCUUGUGGUGACUGGCUAACUUGCUGCAGACAACACAUCUGGGAGAAACCUUACAGAGCUGCCUCUGCCGGUGUCUCGCACUCCCCCCUUAUCUCGUCGAGAUGUCAGCAUUCUCUGAGGCGGCUUUAGAAAAGAAACUGUCCGAGCUUAGCAACUCCCAGCAAAGUGUGCAGACGUUGUCGUUGUGGCUCAUUCAUCACAGAAAACACUCGAAGACCAUUGUCAGUGUUUGGUUCAACGAACUUAAAAAAGCUCAGGUAUCCCGCAAGUUGACCUUCCUUUACUUGGCCAAUGACGUCAUUCAGAACAGCAAGAAAAAAGGACCAGAGUUCACCCAGGACUUUGCACCGGUCAUCACUGAUGCAUUCAAACAUGUCUACAGAGAGGGCGAGGAGGGCUGUAAGAAACAGUUGGGUCGGGUUUUGUCCAUCUGGCAGGAGAGAGCUGUGUACGAGAACAACCUGCUGGAUCAGCUCUCACAAGUCCUAUAUGGUGAAAAGAAGGCUAAGAAGAGGUCAUAUGAGGAGAUCCAACCAGAUGAUGAGGACUUUGCCUCCCAGAGCUCCCCAGCUGAGCCCCCACAGACAGCAGAGUUAAUCCGAGCUCUGCAGGAGCUGGAAAAUGCAGCCUCUGGCGACUCAGUGCUGCGUCAGCGAAUCUCCUCCCUUCCCGCUGAGGUGCAGGACACGUCACUGCUUCACAGGAUCACAGAUAAAGAAUCGGGGGAGCGGCUUUCCCGGCUGGUGGAGGAGGCCUGCAUGCUGCUGGCAGACUACAGCGGUCGCUUGGCAGCAGAAAUUGAUGAUAGGAGGCAGCUCACGCGCACACUAACGGUCUUCCUGCAAAGCCAGAAGGACGGCCUGGCCCAGAACGAGCAGAAACUUGAAGAAUACAAACGUAAACUGGCGAGAGUGACCCAGGUCCGGAAGGAGCUGCGUUCUCGUCUGAACAAUCUUCCAGGAGGACUCUACAACCCUUCAGACUGACUGAAGUUUCACCUCCUCACCUUAUACCCAACCCUCCUGCUACUGAAACAUCUCAUCCCGUCUCUUAGAUAUUUGAUCUGACUUUUGCCAUAGUCCUCUGUUUUUGAUUUUGGAAAGCGUCUGUGUGUCCCUGUACGGUGACCUUGUGGUUCUCCUUCUGUCCUGGAACAGAUUAUUUAUCCACAUGGCUUUUAUUAACAGAAGCGUCUUUUUUUCUGUCUGUGAGCUCAUCUCCUUGUGCUGUAUGUUAUCAGUACACUGUACAUGAAGAUUUAUAAUCAGACACUGGCCUCUCAUGCUUUGGCCCCUGCCCACCUAACUUUGACAGCUUUAAAGUGGUAUGGAUGAUGCUGGUGUGAUAUUUUUGUAUUUAUUGUGACCUAAGAUAAUGCACCAGAGUAUAUCCCUUUAGUGUGAUCAUUCAUAAUAAUUUUCAGUAUUUUGGAUUCCUUUCAUGAUUUUCCAUACUCUUUCUUUCUCGCUUUCGGUUAUAGAUUAUUGCAGAGGUUUUUCAAACUUGAAUCAUUCUUUUUAUGCAGUGUGAUGUGGCCUCCGAAGAGAAUGGUGUACUUGUGAAAACCAUGAGAAAACCACAUUCUGAAGCUGAGCAGUAAGCCGUGCUCCUAAAAGCAAACGUAUGUAAUUAUAAUUUACAUAAAGCCUCUUUGUGAGAGGGGCGUGUAAAUCACUGGUGAGUGUACAUAUUCAGAAUUGCAUGUAAAUAUGAUGGACCUUUAUGUACUCAUGAUUUCUAUCCAUGUGAACAUGGCUUGGACAUGGUCAUGGCCAUUCAGAUUACUGAUUUACCUCUGUACAGUCAUGUCUUUGUAGUUGCCCAUACCUACACAGUACUGAAAUAAUGAAUCGGAGGAGUUUGUUCACUUGUUUACUGUAACAUUCUGCUUCAUAGUUUAAUCCUAGGUCUACUGAGCGCUGUGCUGAUACUUCACACAGCUUGAGAAGUGCCCCAGUUUCCAAAGCCAGACAUACAAACAGCUGUUUGUUUUUGUUACUAUGAAGCACAUUACUCUAAGAACCAAAUAAACAGGAAACGU